AUGCUUGGAAUCAUGAAUUCACCAGCGGAUUCUGUGGAAUUCUAUGCAGUCAACAAGAAGCUCUAUGACGAAACGACUUGCGACGACGUUGUAAAGACGUUCACCGAAGUGAAGGAUAAGCACAGCAUCUCCUACACUAAGGAUGGCCGCCGAAUAAUCGAUGGGAAGAUUGUGGACGGAGAAUCUGAAACGGUCUCCAGUCUUUGGGAAAGUGCAUUGCGCCGAAGUGCGGUUACGACUCAUUUGAAAGUCGAAAGCGAGCAGACAGAAGAGGAUGACUGCCAAGAAGUGGAUGAACAAGAGGAAGCUCCGAAAGCAGAAGAGGCGCAGGCGAAACGUGGGUCUAUUUAA